UGGUGUUUCUUUAUUGCAAAAGCAUUGAAAAUAGAAAAAUCCAAUUAUUUUGUUGCUCUCAUAAUUGAGAUACUAUAUUAGCAUGGACCUCUGUUCUGGUAUUUCUAUGUCUGCUAAUAUUCUUAGCUCUCCAUUAUAAAACCCACCCAAACUCCGUAGCCAUAUUAUUAUUCUCUGUCUUCCAAAUUCUUUUCCCACCUAUUCUUCCAUUCUUGAAUGGUCGGGAAACCCUCAUUUUUUCAUGCACUUUCUCCUUCUCUAUCAGAGCCAGAGGGCUACUGCGCGUAUCUACACGCGCUGUCCUCCUUCUUCACCACCAUUACCACCACCUUUGGUUCUCGCAAAGAAGCUUGGUACUAUCGAUGCCUAGGCCUCGAUCCUUAAAACCCCCCUCCAACCCAUUAAUUCUCUGUCCCUGAAAAAACCUUUUUCUUUUUUGCUUCUCUUGAUUUGGGUUAGGAGCAUUUUUCCUUUUUGAAAAAUCAUUAAAAAAAAAAAAAAAAAAGAGAGAGAAAAACAGAGAAAUAUGUCGAAGAAGAAGAACAAUAACAGUGAGAACCAGCAUAUGAAGAAGAACAGGUUUUUGAUCACAGUGAAUGUUGUUGGAAGCGCAGGACCAUUAAGAUUUGUGGUGAAUGAGGAUGAUUUGGUUUCUGUUGUGAUUGACACCGCUCUAAAAACAUAUGCCCGGGAAGGAAGACUUCCUGUUCUUGGUUCUGACUCCAAUGAUUUCCUUCUCUACUGUGCUAAUGCAGGAUCUGAUGCCUUAAGUCCAAAGGAAAAAAUAGGAUCUCAUGGAGGAAGGAAUUUUGUGCUAAGCAAGAAACAGAAGCAACUUCAAAUGACAGAAAAGAAGCCAGAAAUGAUGUCUCAUAAAGGAGUUAAAAGCUGGAAGGCAUGGCUUAACAGAGUUCUUUACUUUUGAAUUCUAGAUUUACUAAUUAAAAUAUCAAAUUAGAUAUUUUAAUCAUGGUGAAAAGUCUUACUUAUGUUGGCUCGUGUGGCAUCAGUUUGGUCACCUCGAUAAUUGUAUUGUACUGUUGUUAGUACAAUGUAUAUGGGACAUCCAAAUUAUAAAAUUAAAGUUACAUAUUCUCCA